AAAAUUGUAGCGCAUGUCGCAUUCACAUCGCCUGCAGGGUCUCUUGCCGCAGCCAUUUCAGUUUUUUUUUUCAUAUUGCUAGCACAAUCCAUACACAGAAAAAUAACCCCAUUUUUAAUCAAGAUUUUUACUUCAUCGAAGCGCUCUACAAAGAAUUUCGUGAGCAGAUCCUGAAGGAUUAUUGCGAGUGUUUACGAGGAAGACAAUUUGUUCAUGGCGAUGAGUUUUGGUUCGUGUUUCGGCGCCCGGUCCCGAGCACCCGAAAUGAAAAGACGAAGAAUAGACAGAAGUAUGAUUGGAGAACCCAUGGAUUUCAAACACACGGGUCACAUCGGCAGCGGAGACAUGGCUUCUGGAUCCGAUCUCGGUUCGAUUCAAUGUCAAAUGCAAUCGAAAGGUGGAUAUAAAGGCAUUAGCGUACCAGUAACGUGCACUCCAGCAGGAAUUCCAGUGGGCGGGCAGAGUUAAUCGCGUAUAUUCUUGUAGAAUACAAUUACACUGUUUUUGAGGAAUCAACAAAAUGAAAAGAAAAGAUUUCAGAAGAAGUGGCAUUACAAUACAAAUAUGAAAAUAAUAGACUUCUAAAUGUAUUGCAAAGGCGAGAAUUGGAGUGGCAUGUGAUUCCAGUUGUAAAUAAUAGACCAAUUUGAGUAGCGUGUUUUUAUAUGACAUUAGAAUUAGUUUCAUAAUAUUAUUAUAAAUACCUAAAGAUCUCCCUUAAACUGUUAGCUGUGUAUCAUAGCUAGCCUAGAAUAGUCAUCGUACAUACAGUUUUUGAUUACAACCACUCAGCUUUUUAUUUUUUUUUUUUGCUCAGGAAAUAUUUUAAUUGUCUCUACCUUGUUACCACUCCAUUGUUGCACAACCAGUUUUCAUUGGUCAUUUUCUUCUUACAGUAACAAGAGUACCAUCACUUGGAUAUGAUUAUUUGCUAUUUUCGUAUGAUCAACAUGCUUCUCAUUGUAUUUAUAUUAUGAAGAAAAAUGUUUGUUGAUUUUUGUUUUGCCUAGAGGGUUUUAGAAUAACUCGGCAUCUUUUGUAGUACCAAACUUGUGAGGAAAAUAAUCCUUUGCUGCCAAAUAUUUGAUGUUACUGUACAUAAAUAGUUAAGAAAUCAAAUUGUGACACAACCCCUUAAAUAAUGAAUGAGGAAGAACAUUGAAUUGAAGAAGAUGUAUCUACUAGAAAGCAGCUAAGGAGAUUUGCAAAAUGUGGAUUGGAAUUGAAUUCGACUUUUGGAAUAUAGGUAGUAAAAUUACUCUUGUGAGGUUUUUUGUGUUUAUAUUUUUAUUUACUUCUGCAAGUCG